CGUUGCACGUGCAGUGACGGCGCCCGCGCCCUGAGGAUCCCGGCCGUGCGCCCAGCGUCCCCGGCGAGCAUGCAGCGUCCGGAGCCUGAGCUGAUCCGGCAGAGCUGGCGCGUGGUGAGCCGCAGCCCCCUGGAGCACGGCACUGUCCUGUUCUCCAGGCUGUUUGACUUGGAGCCCGACCUGCUGCCUCUCUUCCAGUACAAUUGCCGCCAGUUCUCCAGCGUGGAGGACUGCCUCUCCUCCCCAGAGUUCCUGGACCACAUCCGGAAGGUGAUGCUUGUGAUUGAUGCUGCAGUGACCAAUGUGGAGGACCUGUCCUCGCUGGAGGAGUACCUUGCAGGGCUGGGACGGAAGCACCGGGUGGUUGGUGUUAAACUCAGCUCAUUCUCGACAGUGGGUGAGUCCCUGCUCUACAUGCUGGAGAAAUGCCUGGGUCCCGCCUUCACGCCAGCCAUGCGGGCUGCCUGGAGCCAGCUGUACGGGGCCGUGGUACAGGCCAUGAGUCGAGGUUGGGACAGUGAUUAA